CUAGGACUUUUACUUUGACAAACAUGUUGGAGAGUAGUUUGUAGUUGUUGUGGAUUGUGGUUUCCUUCCUCACCCUCUCCUGUAACAUUGUUGAUGUCCACAUUUCCCAUAGCAGUAUAGUGAUAUGGACAGGAUGGCCGCCUCCUCCUCCUCCUCCUCCUGCGAGAAACCUUUAGGCCCGAAAAAGAAAAGCGAGAAGAAAAUUGCAUGUAAAGAGGAAUAUAGAUUAUUGUCUAAUAUAAUGGGAAUGAUGAAUAACUUGAGGAAACAGGGGAUCUUGUGUGAUGUUAUACUGGUGGUUCAGGGGAAACACAUCCUGGCACACAGAGUGGUCCUGGCUGCCGCAAGCCACUUCUUCAACCUCAUGUUUACCACGAACAUGAUGGAGGCCACAAACCAUGAGGUGGAGCUCAGAGGUGCAGAACCUGAGAUCAUCGAGCUGCUGGUGGAAUUUGUCUACACGGCCCGCAUCUCUGUCAACAGCAACAACGUCCAGUCUCUGCUCAAUGCUGCUAAUCAGUACCAGGUCGAGCCAGUAAAGAAAAUGUGUGUGGAUUUUCUGAAAGAUCAAGUGGAUGCGACUAACUGCCUCGGUAUCAGUGCGUUGGCUGAGUGUCUUCAUUGUCCCGAGCUGAAGACGGCUGCGGACGAGUUCAUCUAUCAGCAUUUCACUGACGUGUACAAACUGGAUGAGUUCCUGCAGCUGGAUGUGAAGCAGGUCACACAUCUGCUUCACCAGGACACGCUGACCGUCAGAGCCGAAGACCAGAUCUACGACGCUGCCGUGCGGUGGUUGAAGUAUGACGUGUUAAAUCGGCAGAAGUUCGUCGUAGACAUCUUGAGCAAAGUGCGCUUCCCGCUCGUGUCCAAAAACUUCCUGAGUAAGACCGUACAAGCCGAGCCUCUCAUCCAGGACAAUCCCGAGUGCCUCAAAAUGGUCAUCUGCGGAAUGCGUUACCAUCUCCUGUCUCCUGAGGACAGAGAGGAACUGGGCGAGAGCAGUCGUCCACGCCGCAAGAAACAUGACUUCCGCAUCGCACUGUUCGGUGGCUCACAGCCACAGUCCUGCCGCUACUUCAACCCCAAGGACUACAGAUGGACAGAUAUCCGCUGCCCCUUUGAGAAACGGCGUGACGCUGCUGCCGUUUUCUGGGACAACGUGGUGUACAUCCUGGGAGGAUCGCAGCUUUUCCCCAUUAAAAGAAUGGACUGUUACAACGUGGUUAAGGACAGCUGGUAUUCCAAACUUGGGCCUCCGAACCCCAGAGACAGUCUGGCAGCCUGCGCAUCCAAGGGCAAGAUCUACACCUCAGGUGGCUCAGAAGUGGGAAGCUCUGCACUGAACCUGUUUGAGUGCUAUGACACUCGGACAGAGACGUGGCAGAACAAACCCAGCAUGCUCCAGCCUCGCUGCAGCCACGGCUCUGUGGAGGCGAACGGCCUGAUCUACGUAUGUGGAGGCAGUCUAGGAAAUAACGUAUCAGGCAGAGUCCUCAACAACUGCGAAGUCUACGACCCCAACACAGAGGAAUGGAGAGUGCUGUGCGGUAUGCGGGAGGCCAGGAAGAACCAUGGCCUGGUGGUGGCCAACUCGAGGAUCUACGCUGUUGGCGGACAGAACGGCCUCGGUGGUCUGGACUCAGUGGAGUAUUAUGAAAUAGGCAGUAACGAGUGGAAAAUGGCAUCACCGAUGCCGUGGAGAGGUGUGACGGUGAAGUGUGCAGCCGUGGGCUCAAUCAUCUACGUGCUGGCCGGAUUCCAGGGAGUGGGCCGUUUGGGUCAUAUCAUGGAAUACCACACGGAGGCGGACAAGUGGGUGAUGCUGAGCAAAGAGCGUGCCUUCCCUGUCACCAGCUGCCUCAUCUGUGUCGUAGACACCUGCGGAGCCAACGAGGAAGAAAUGAGCUCUUUUCAUGAACCUUUACCAUCAACAUCCUCAGCCAAAUCCACAUGUUCAGCUCCUACAGCACACGGACAAUGCUGAGUUAGAGAAUGAUUAUUUUUGUGUAUUUUAUGUAUAGCUUUUGAUGUACAGACUUUUUUUUUAUUAUUUUGUUUUUGUGCAGCUUCCUCUUCAGACUUUUACCAUUAUGAUUUUUGUUCUAAUUUCUAAUUCUAAUUUGGGUUUGUUUGUUUGUUUGUUUGUUUGUUUGCUAUUUGUCUUCAGCAAAAAUCUACUUUGCUGGCAAACAGUUCGGAGCAAAACUUUUAGUCAACCUUUGUUUUUAUAUUCAAGCUUUAAAUGGCUGUUAUAACUUGUGUUAGUGUCAGUAAAAAAAAAAAAUUUCCAUUGUCUCAUUCAAACAAAACACCACUUUUCAUGUAAAAAGCAUAAUGGAUGCUGUUUUGGUUUUACCUACAAAACAAAAGCAAUCAUUUCUCCUUUUUUAUGUCAGUUCUCCUUCCUUUAUGAAUUUUUUUAACAAGACAUUAACAAGACAGAUUUUCAUCAGGAGAUCUUGUGAUUGUUAUCCUUUGUUUAAGUGAUAUUAAACAGAUCCGUUUAUUA